AUGUGGGAAUCAGAGCCCGAGCAUGGCGGGAAAAGAAGAAUGUGGCCAUUGGCCUUUGGUUCUUUCAUGGAAUUGGGAAUGGCCUACUCCAGCUGUCAGCAUGACUUCCAGGCUCCAUAUUUUCUACAUGGAAAAUAG